AUGACAAACGCGACGGCGAGGGAACGCAACAAGGCUGCGGUGCAGCGACUCUUUGCGAGGGGUCGUUCGUCGCCGGCGCCGUGGACGUGUCCCCCUGUGCGCUGCGCCGAUGGAACGCUGCUACCGGACAUGCGACUGAGCAAACAGUGGCAGCUCGCACAAGAGGUGGGGUGCGGGCAUGGCGAUGCCGCUGCCGCUGCUGCCGUCUCAGCCCCACACAUUUGCGCGGCUGGGCCUGGCAGCUCCUCCUGCUCCUGUUACAUCAUGAACCGAAAGAUUGCCCGUCAUGAGUGGGAGACAAACACGAAAGAAAAAAGGAGGCUACAGGGGGGUUCUCCUCGUUCCCAUGAACGCGAGAAGGAGCAGAGGGCCGCAAUGGAUCGUGAGCAGGCAAUACUUCGCUACGAGUUAUCCAUUCCACGCCGGCGUGUUGUGGAUCAUUUACUGCACCUCACCGCGUCCCAGUUGGAUCUUUGCCACACGAUGCCAACGGCUCACACAAUGGAUCGUCUUGUGGAGCAAAAAAAGGGGCGUUGGGUGCUCCAAAACCCCUACCGACAGCUGCUGCUUCGCGGAGAGCCGGUCAUGACGCGAAUUAUGCGCGGGGAGUUUUACGCGACCCAACGCAAUGAAACCAAAGCAACGAAUUUUCCUCAAGCCAACAAGCGACAUGUGCGCAUUGCAAGCAACAUCAAUCACGCUAUGCAUUUCAAUAGAGGCAAGCGAGGCAGCGUGGAUAGAGUUCAACAAUCGGCAGAAAAGAGCGCACUGACUUAG